UAGUAGGUAGGUUUGCUGGGCGUUUGCUGUGUAAUGCAGGAGGCGCUGUUUGGGGUGUGAAACGCCAUGCUUGUGUAGAGUGGUCGGACGCGGCGGCAACAGUUUCUGCUUGGCUGGUUUCUUACCGUAGUUGUUUUCUAAGUCGCUCUUUAGUAGGACACGGAGGCACCAUGUAGGUAAGUUCAUGUCUGACAGAGUAUUGACUACGACGCAAUCGGCUCCGAUCAAGUCUCUUCAAAGUACGUAAUUGGCGUUCCGCAAGGACACAUACCACCACUGGCACCAAUGGUGUCCCGGAAAGCGCUUGGUUCUCGUUCUGGCAUCACGGACGUCCACGCUGAUGUCAUGGUUGAGGAGGAUCGUCAUCAACCCCAAGGUGGUGACGAUGCUAAGCUCGACAAGCUGCCGAAGAUCUUAGCCUCAAGCAAGAAGGGCACCCGGCAGAGGGGGAUGCAGGCGCUCGCGACGUGGCUCGCGACGCGGGACGCUUCUGAGGAGGAUUUGAAAAAGGUCUGGAAAGGGUUAUUUUACGCGGUGUGGCAUGCUGACAAGGCGCCAGUGCAAGAGGAGCUGAUCGAGAGGGUGGCGGGCUUAAUGCUGAGCCUGGAGGCAGAGGCGGCUAGGCGUUUCCUUCAGGUCUUCCUGUGGACAAUGCGGCGCGAGUGGUCCGGCAUCGACCGGUUGCGCCUGGACAAGUUCUACCUUCUGCUGCGCACCUUCCUGCGCACUGCCCUGGAGUAUAUGCACCGCGCGCACUGGGAGGCACGCCUAGUUACCGCUCUCGUGGACGUGUAUGCCCAGGGCACGCUGGAGGCAAAGGAUAAGCACUCGGCUUUGGGCAUCAGCCUCCACCUGACGGACAUUUUCCUCGAGGAAGCAAGCCGCUUCGCGGUGCCUCCGGUUGCCGCACCACUUCUCCUCGAGCCGUUCCUGCGGAUCCUCUCGCACUCCGCCGACAAGCUGCUGCUCCCGAGGGUCGAAACGGAGGUAUUUGGGGCCCUCAUAGACGAGCGCCAGCGAAGCGGAGGUGACGCUGAAGGCUCCCCUCUUUCGACGGCCCUCGACUUCAGCCAAUUGGCCAGCCGCCUGUUUGCGCUCGCGUCCGCCCCUGAGACGGCCCCCAAGAACCGGGCGGCUCUUUAUGCUGUGCACGCACGCCUGAAGAAACAGGGCGGCGACGCGCUUUUCCAAAACGGGGGUCAGACGGAACAUGCAGAGGAACCCCCCACGAAAGAGAACGGGAAGCGGCCGGCCCCAGUGCUGGAGAAAGAGAAGGGCAAGAAGAAACGGAAAGCGGAGAUUGUGAAGUUUGACGAGAUCGAAGCGGGGAGCCUGGAGGCAGGGGAUGCAGAGGGGAGGGGCGUGGUGCUAGCGGAAAAGGAGAAGAGAGGAACUAGAGGGGCGAAGGCCCUGGUCGAGUCCGGUCUCGUUGAGGAGUCGGCACUGGUGGCGGAGGUGAACGAGAAGAAAGCGAAGAAAGGGCGUAAGAAAGGUCAGAAAGAGCCGGUUUCGGGAGAAGAAAACGGACAUGGUUUGGACAGAAGCGAGGGUGAAGACAUGGGGACGUCAGAAAAGGGGAAUCUGGAAGGGGGACAGGCGCAAGAGGGGGGGGUGCAGCCAAAGAAAAGAACCACUGAAUCUGGUCCAGGGGGACUGAUAGCUGGAAAGACAACUAGGAAGGGGAAGCGGAAAACGGACCGCGCUGUGGAAAAGCCGGACGUCACGGAAGCGUCCGUGUUGGAUGGCGAGCUGCCUGGGAAAAAGAAGGCCCGAAAUACUAGGCAAGCGUCUCAGGUGGGGGGGGUUGGGGAGGUGGAAGUAGAACCCCCGGUUGUGGCGCCGCAAAAUGGAAAGAAGUCGAGGGCUGCGCUGGAAAGAGCCGCCGCCAAGGGGGGCGGUUCCGUGAGCGAUGCGCUGACUGUCGAUCCGAUUCAUGCCGGGAAUGGGAGCGCCGAUGUCCCGAGCGAGAAGAGGAAGAGGCGGAAGGCUGCGCAGCUCACAGCAGAUGCUGAAAUGGCGGCUGACGUCAGCGCUGUGGCCGAUCCGGCCGAGAACAAGAAGCGGCGGAAGGUCGCAAAGGGCGCGGUGGCAGGGGCUGACGUCGCAGCUGACGUCAGCGGCGUCGCAGUGGGGAGAGAGGCGUCUACAGACGGGGUGCGGAAGGAGAAACGGGGAAAGGCAAAGGGGGCAGCUGGGUCUGCUAAAGUGGAUGCCAUCGCAGCGAUCGAGAGCGCUCUCGAGGAGCUUCGGCGUGCGGCCGGGGACGCGUCAGGUGGGGCAGCCGAGGACGCGCCAGCUGUCACACCUGCGCAAGAUGCGCCAGCUGUCGACACUGAAACCGGCCGGAAAAAGCGGCGAAAGAAGAAGCUUGCACAAGGUGGGGAAGAGGCGGAGACUCCAGGGACUCCAGUGGGCGAGGUGGACUUUCAGAGUUCAGCGGUUGAGAACGAGUCGGCGGCAAAGCGAAGAAAGAGCGGGGCAGGGGCCACGCCUCCAGUCGCAUCAAAGUUGGCGGCCGCGUCCGACGGUAGGCGGGGUGGACACAUUGGAAAGAGCAGGUUCGCCCCUGCUUCUCCCGGCGAGUCUCCGGGGGCCGUGCUAGCUAGCCGGUUCGCCGAAGCUGACGACACUCCAGGCCCUCGAUCCAACUUCAAGAAAACCAGAGGUAGUUCAGCAAGCGACGAGCAGCCAAUAUUAUUUCCGCGAACCCCGGAAGCGGGCUCGACGCCAGCCGCUGUGACUCCGGGACCUCUUUCCAAUGGAGCAUCUGCCCGGGGGAGUGCUCCGGGUUCGUCGGGGGGUGCCGCUCGGGGCUCGGGCGGGUCGCACAGGAAGAAAAAAGUGCGCUUCUCGCUGAAGAACAACUUGGAGUUCAAGGUCGGGAGUCCCCUCCCGGAGAAGACGAUGCGCACGCCCCCGGCGGCGACUCCUCGAGGGAGCGCCCUGAAAGUGACCGGGCCGUCGCCGAUCCGGAAGAUGGGGACGAGCUUGGUGGACGGGUACGUGAUUGGGAGCCGGCGGAACAAGAAGGAACGGCGCAGCCCGGCAUUGAUCCACGUGGCAGGCAUGAGGGGCCGAGGUGGUGGAGGGCGAGGCCGGGGAGCAGGGUCGUGGAGGGGGUCAGGAAAGGCAGACAGGAGGGUGAGAUUGGUACGAUGACAAGGGCUGUGAGCUUAAGUUGGCAGCAACUAUGGGACGCAUCGAUCUGAUAGAGGACUACCGUAUCUUGUGUGCAAAGCCAAAUUGGCCGCCAGGAAAGGAUGCUGAAAAACCAUGGAGUAUUUACCGUCAGAGCUCAAGCUAGCUUACGUCAAUCACUUACUGAAGGCCCGAGUAACGGCCAAACAACGGACGACUUUGUUUGCUUUCCUUUCAUCAUGUCUCGGAG